AUGUCUCUGCCCACGCGAACACUCGGCCGCAACGGUCCCCAGGUCACCGGCAUCGGUCUGGGGCUCAUGUCCUUUGCGGGGUGGUACAAGCAGCAGGACACGAGCGAGGAGACGGCGCUCGCGUUCCUGGACCGCGCCUACGAGCUGGGCGAGCGGUUCUGGGACACGGCCGACGUCUACGCCAGCAGCGAGGCGCGCGUGGGCGCGUGGUUCAAGCGCACGGGCAAGCGCGACGACAUCUUCCUGGCGACCAAGUUUGCCCUCCGCCACACGCCCGACGGCAGCCGCGUGCUCGACAACGACCCGGCGUACGUCAAGGAGGCGUGCGCCAAGAGCCUGCAGACGCUCGGCGUCGACACCAUCGACCUGUACUACUGCCACCGCGUGGACGACAAGACGCCCAUUGAGCACACCAUCAAGGCCAUGGCCGAGCUCAAGGCGGAGGGCAAAAUUCGGUACCUCGGUCUGUCCGAGUGCUCCGCGGCCACGAUCCGGCGCGCGCACGCGGUGCACCCCAUCGCGGCGUACCAGGUCGAGUACAGCCCGCUGUUCCUGGACAUUGAGUCGCCGCAGACGGGCAUCCUGCAGACGUGCCGGGAGCUGGGCAUCGCCGUGGUGGCGUACAGUCCGGUGGCGCGCGGGCUGCUGACGGGCGCGGUGCGGUCGCACGCGGACCUGGCCAAGGACGACUUCCGCGCGGCCGUGCCCAAGUUCAGCGCCGACAACUUCCCCAAGAUCCUGGCGCUCGUGGACCGCAUCCGCGCCGUCGGCGAGAAGCACGGCGCCACGCCCGCGCAGGUCUGCCUCGCAUGGGUCGCCGCGCAGGGCGACGACUUCAUCUCCAUCCCCGGCACCACCACGGUCAAGUACCUCGAGGACAAUGUCAAGGCGCUGCACGUCAAGCUCACGCCCGACGAGGUGGCGGAGCUGCGCAGGUACGCCGAGGCGACGGAGCUUCAGGGGGACCGGUACCCUACCGAGUAUGUUGCGCCGGCCGGUGAUGGAACGUCUCACAGCAUGCUGACCAGUUAUAGAUUCGGUUCCGCCUGCGAGGUUACCUAUUGGUCAUGGUUGGUACGCCGCUGGGAUGUUACGUAG